AGCGGAAGCGGUGUGUUAGUCGCGCGCUUUAGUGACGGAGCUCUUCCUGUCGCGUGCGAUUCCUCGGCACACCCAAUAAUCAUCAUGGCGUCUUUAUCAAUGGCCCCCGUCAACAUCUUCAGACAUGGAGCAGAUGAGGAGAAAGCAGAGACCGCUCGCCUCUCUUCAUUCAUCGGUGCCAUAGCGAUUGGAGAUCUGGUGAAAAGCACUCUGGGACCUAAAGGAAUGGACAAGAUCCUAAUGGGUGGUGGAAGAGAGGGGAGCGUCACUGUGACGAAUGAUGGAGCCACUAUCCUGAAAGCCAUCGGUGUGGAUAAUCCUGCUGCCAAAGUGCUCGUGGACAUGUCUAAAGUUCAGGAUGAUGAAGUUGGUGAUGGAACGACAUCUGUGACUGUGCUGGCUGCUGAACUGCUCAGGGAAGCAGAGCUCCUGAUUGCCAAGAAGAUUCAUCCUCAGAUCAUCAUCUCUGGAUGGAGGAAAGCCACUCAAGCUGCUCGAGAAGCCCUCAAAGCUGCAGCUGUGGAUCAUGGAAAUGACGAGGAUAAGUUCCAGGAGGAUUUGCUGAACAUCUCCCGCACCACUCUGUCAUCUAAACUCCUGACCCAUCACAAAGAUCACUUCGCUAAACUAGCAGUGCAAGCUGUGAUGAGACUGAAGGGUUCUGGAAAUCUGGAGGCCAUUCAUGUCAUCAAGAAACUGGGAGGCAGUCUCACCGACUCAUACCUGGAUGAAGGGUUUCUGCUGGAUAAGAAGGUCGGUGUGAAUCAGCCCAAGAGAAUUGAGAAUGCCAACAUCCUCAUCGCAAACACUGGCAUGGACACUGAUAAAAUCAAGAUCUUCGGCUCUAGGGUUCGUGUGGACUCCACAGCUAAGGUGGCGGAGAUAGAGUCUGCAGAGAAAGAGAAGAUGAAGGAGAAGGUGGAGCGCAUCCUUAAACAUGGCAUCAACUGCUUCAUCAACAGGCAGCUGAUCUAUAAUUAUCCUGAGCAGCUGUUUGCCUCGGCUGGUGUGAUGGCCAUUGAACAUGCUGACUUUGUUGGCGUGGAGCGUUUGGCUUUGGUCACAGGAGGUGAGAUCACAUCCACUUUUGAUCACCCGGAGUUGGUGAAGCUGGGUCACUGUAAACUCAUCGAGGAGGUGAUGAUCGGAGAAGACACUCUCAUUCACUUCUCUGGAGUGGACAUGGGUGAGGCAUGCACUAUCAUCCUGCGCGGAGCGACGCAGCAGAUUCUGGACGAGGCAGAGCGUUCUCUUCACGACGCGCUGUGCGUGCUUGCUCAAACUGUUAAAGAGCCACGUACUGUCUACGGCGGAGGAUGUUCUGAGAUGCUGAUGGCGAAAGUCGUGACCGAUCUGGCUAACAGAACCCCAGGCAAAGAGGCCGUUGCCAUGGAGUCGUUCGCUAAAGCACUGACCAUGCUGCCCAUCAUCAUCGCAGAUAAUGCAGGAUAUGACAGUGCAGAGCUGGUGUCUCAACUGAGAGCUGCUCACCAGGACAACAAGAGCACCUUCGGCCUGGACAUGACUCAGGGCAGUAUCGGUGACAUGGCGGCUCUGGGCAUCACAGAGAGCUUCCAGGUGAAGAGACAGGUGCUGUUGAGUGCUGCCGAGGCCGCAGAGAUGAUCCUGAGAGUGGACAACAUCAUCAAAGCUGCUCCCAGGAAACGUGUUCCCGAUCAUCACCCCUGUUAAACACAAAUGCACAGUGUAUUUAUUAGCAUGAACAUCCAUCUCUGAUGGCUCUUUACGGUGUAGUUUUUGUGUAGUCUCUUGUCUCUGUUCACAGGAUGACAGUUUGAUCUUUUGUUUACCCAAUAAAAAUGUUACAGACUCA